AUGAGUUCUAAUCGCUUGCUGACCGGCUCUCAUAAUUACACCGACAAAAAUAUAACUACAAGUGUAGUAGACCACAUUGCUGCAUCUCUAGAAACAAAAAAAUAUUGCUCAGGGCUUUUUCUGGACGUAGCUCAAGCCUUCGACACUGUCUGGCACGACGGUUUAUUAUUCAAACUUAAAAAAAUCUUUCCUGCUCCGUAUUAUUUACUCCUAAAAUCAUACCUAAAUAACAGAACUUUCAGAGUCAAAUUAAAAACUACAUUAUCCAGCACACAUAAUAUUCUAGCAGGUGUCCCUCAGGGAAGUGACAUCACCCCGUUUCUAUACACACUGUUCACAGCUAACAUUCCAUCAACGGACAACACCCUAAUAGGAACAUAUGCUGACGACACCGCAAUACUUUCAUCCAGUCAAGACCCACACGAAGCAAGCGGCCUACUUCAAAACCAUCUGAACAGCUUAUCCCACUGGUUCAAUUCAUGGAAAAUUAAGAUCAACGACUCCAAAUCCUCUCAUAUCACUUUCUCCCUCCGCCCCGGAAACUGUCCUCACAUAAUAUAUGAGAACGCAAUCAUCCCUCACACAAACGAAGUCAAAUAUCUUGGUCUACUAUUUGACAGAAGGCUCACCUGGGGCCCCCACCUCAAAACUAAACUUAAACAAUUAAAUAGCCGCUUACACAUCCUUGUGCCUCUCAUGAAAUCAAACAUGCCCAUCUCCAAUCGUCUACUACUCUACAAAUCUCUACUGCAAUCUAUCUGGUCAUAGGGAAUCGCUCUAUGGGGAACCACUAAACCAUCAAACACAAGAACCAUUCAAGCAUUCCAAGCCAUCUGCCUCCGCACAAUUGCUAAAGCCCCUUGGUACGUCACAAAUCUUGCUCUUCACAACGACCUCCAAAUCCCUACCACCAAACAAACAGCUAUAAAAUAUUAA